CCCGAUUCAGAAAAUUAGGUAUAAACACAAGAAUCAAGAUCCUCCCUAACUCGAUCGACCCUAUCACACCAAAGGCUAUAAAAAACCGAAUUAGGUGCGGGUUGAUCCGGCCAAGUACCACCCACAUGGCAACUCUGCAAUAAGAAACCCUAAUUGAGGGGAAGACACAGAGAUGAUGGAGUCUUGCGUUGAAGAUGGAGAAGGCACCUACGUUACAAUUCCUCGCGGCGGUCCUAUAUAUGUCCCUGACAUGGUCGGUCCACUCACUAGGGUUUCCGAUUUCGAGGCUUCUGUUCUCCAAGAACUCGAGAAUCUUUGGGCAGAGAUACGAUCAGACUCUCUUGAAGUUUGUGACGAUGAUAUUUUGGUUGACGAACUUAAAAUUAUUACUGAGGAAGAGCUGGCAAAUAAGGCUUUUGAGGAAGCAUUCAAGGAUGGUGAGGUGUUUGGAAAUCCGUCACAAGUUUCAGAAGAGAACUAUACUGCAGGCCAUCACCGCCGGCAGCCCCCAACCCCACUCCGUCGCAGUCUACGACUAUCAAGAGGAGUGACUUCCAAGAGCCGGGGACCUCCGACAACUGGCGUUCUCUCUCUUCGGAGAGAAGACGAUGAGAGAAUAUCAAGCAUUGAAAUUGCUUGUUUAGAAAAGUCAGGAAGAGAAAAGAAUGCUUCAGCUUCCUAUGAGUCCUCAAACACCUCUCCUCUCAGAACGGGUGACAAUGGAAAAGUGCGUGAAAAUACUCAAAAGAAGAAGAGGAAGAGAAAUCGGAAGAAUCAUUCUCUUGAAGAAACUUAUAUUGCAAAAGUGGAGCAACUUGCGAGAAUUAAGCAAAAACAAGAUGAAGACAAAGCAGCAGCACGGCUGCAUUCAUUCAAUGGUAGUUGCAGUGGAAUUAUAUCCUCAGAGAAAAGUGAAAGGAUGACGUCCCUGAGGUCGAUAAGUUCUACAACAAAGGUCAGGUCAUCAAGUGCAUGUGGACAUGCACCAGUGCUUUAUCCAGAAGUAGUUCUUUGUGUUGAGGUUUACCAUAACAAACGAACAUGGAUAAAGACCAAAGAAUUCUUGGUUUUAGGACGGCAACCCUUGAGUGAACUGCGGGACAAGAUAUAUUGCUUGACGGAUAAAGUUAUGAAAAAAGCAGGGCAGUAUGAUGCAUCUGGAUAUUUCCUUAUAGAAGAUGUAUUUUGCAAUGACUUGAGGGAUCCUUCUGCCAUAGACUACAGUGAACCUAUAUUUGAUUGGCUUAGAAAUUCCAAGAUUGAGGCACUUGAAAAGUGGGAAUGUAUCAUUUCUGGUGAAUUACAGCAGGAGCAGAAAGAUCUUUUGGGCAGUGUGGCAAUGCCUCCCUUUAAAAAAGUUGACAUGCACAGGACACGUUUUUGUGACUUAAAAUUUCGACUUGGUGCUGGUUAUCUUUACUGUCACCAGGGUGAUUGCAGACAUGUAAUUGUAAUUAGAGACAUGAGGUUGAUUCAUCCAGAGGAUGUACAGAAUCAAGCAGCUUAUCCAAUUGUCACAUUUCAACAUAAAUUUAGUGCACAUAAAUGCUCCGUAUGUAGGAUUUCCAGAGCAGAAAAGGUGACCUUGGACGAUAAGUGGGCCCCGAAGAAUCCCUGCUAUUUCUGUAAUGCUUGCUAUUACCUGCUUCACUAUGAAAAUGUAUCACUGCUAUAUGACGACUUCUCAGUGUAUGAUUAUUUUUAUGAAUAAAUUGUCGCAGUUUCGGCACAGGUUAUGCUAA